AUGAGAUGGUUCAGAAGAAGUGCGCCGGUGGAGACGGCGAGGGCUGGCGUCAAAUACGGGAAGCGUGUCCACUCCCAGAAGCUCCUCCAGGAUGGGGGAAGCAACGGAGGAGGUGAUCUAAGGAAUGUGCUGAAGAAGAUGAGGUCCAUCAAGGCCAUGGAGGGGAGCAUCGUUCUCCCUCUGGAAGAUCAACUCGUGCAGUUCGACAAGCCAGCAACGGAAGAGAAGAUGGUGAAGAAGAAGAAGGCGUCGGCUACCAUAACCCCUGGAUCGGAGCCGAAUUAUAUGAAGUUAACACAGUCAUCCAGCGCAAGGAGGGAGAAAGUGAAAGUUCAGGUAAUCGAUGUCUCCCCUGCUAUGGCUGCCGCAGAAAAGAGAAGAAACCCUCGGCCCGCAAAAGUUUCCGAACCUCCGAAGCGCCCAUCUGGAGAUGAUUCCAAUCAGAAACCUGCAAAAGUCUUGACGAGGAAAUUGAGCUUGAGAGCGACGAGGCCAUUAAUGAGGGAGAAGAGCUUCAGUAUCGGGCCCGCCCGGGGCACGUGCUCGUCCACGAUGAAGCACUCAAAGUUCCCAAAUCGUCCGGAUCCCAAAUCCAGACUCUCAGAGGCUGAGAAGACCUCGAUCCUCCAGGUCUGCCCCUUCAAUUACUGCUCCCUGAACGGUCACCACCACCCGCCCCUUCCCACCUUGAGACGCUUGGUGUCAGGUAGGAGGCAACUGCUGAAGAACCAGAGUAUGAAGCUCAGAGGGCUCUCCUCCUUCAAGAGAAGGGGGUCAAACAAGAAAAAGGAGGUUGAAAUGGGCGAGGACGGAUGUGAGGACGACUUCUUCGUUGAGAUAUAUGUGAACUGUGGUGAAGGCCCUGCGGUAUCUGCCAGUGAUGAGGUUGGAGAGAAGGAUAGUCGAGCUUCUGAAAUCUGGGAUGAUGUCAGGGCCUCCAUUGAUGAUUCUGGAUCUGAGGUAACCUUGAACAAUGAUUUUGAUCCAAUCAGCGUAUUCUCCUCUGAAGAGAUGGAUGUUCUGAAUGAUUUUCUCCAGUUUGUGGAGUGUAGCGAGGAAGCAGGAACCGAGCUCACAGAGAAUCCUUCAUUCCCUAAGCCAAAUUCUGCAGGGACAGGUUGGCGCUGCUGCAUCCUCUCUGGUUCUGACGAGCUCAAUGGCAGCCUUCCUGAGGAUGACGGUCAUGAAAGGGGUAACGAUGAAAUCGUUCAACCCUAUGAUGGGUCUCCGUUCGAGACAGAGCUCCAAGGCGAGGAAGAAGGAGAAGACUCAGCCACCACUAUUUCAGGCUCCAUGAAGCAGAAGAACUCAGGAGCCACAAGAAGAAUGAUCGAGGUUGCAAAGGAGACAGAACCGUUCAACCUACGACCACCGAGCUUCCUUCCAGUUGAGCCAAAGCCGGCUGCAGAGAAGGUUGACCUCCGGCAUCAGUCAACGGAGGAGAGAAAGAAGGCAGAGGAAUGGAUGAUCGAUUAUGCCCUCCAAAAGGUCGUUGACAGACUCACCCCUGACCGGAGAAAGAAGGUAG